ACGUCGCCGAGUGGAAUUGCAAAGUAGAAGACUUGCCCCCGAGGUCUUUGAAAACUGAUGGCAUUAGUGAGCCAUUGAUACCCAUCCGAGGCAUUAUUCGCUAGGACCUUGCAGACAUCAGGCACACUGAUUUACAGGUCGCUGGACCCUGGAUCAUAUUGUUGCGGCUUGAAGAUGGUCGAGCUGAUAUUAAGAUUUUGGAACUUCUGCUGGUUGGGCCUAGCUUUACCAGCUGGGGUAGGAGAAUCUGGAAGGCGGUGGGACCUCGAAUUGCCCCACGCUCUAGAUUCUGCCACUGUCCUUCCAUGUCCCGCCUUUCAGUCGCUUUGCUGCCCAUAAGUCCGAGGUAUUGUGAACGAGGGAAACUAAUCCGAAAAGCAACUUUGCAAGGCCUUCGAUCCUAGAUAUCAUCGACUUGUUUCCUUUGUAAACUCAGUUCGUUCUCACCCAGCGCCUGUGGCGUGGAAACCGCCAAGAUGGUGAACAUUACGGAAAAAAUCAAGGAGAUUGAGGAUGAGAUGAGGAGGACACAGAAGAACAAAGCGACAGAAUAUCAUCUUGGUCUAUUGAAAGGUAAACUUGCGCGGCUUCGAGCACAACUGCUCGAGCCCGGCCCAGGAUCCGGUGGUGGCCCUGGUGCCGGUUUCGAUGUGAGCAAGAGCGGCGAUGCCAGAAUAGCACUGGUCGGUUUCCCGUCGGUCGGUAAAUCGACCUUCUUGUCGAAAGUCACAAAGACGAGGUCGGAAGUCGCGUCGUACUCCUUCACGACCCUCACGGCUAUCCCGGGUGUGCUGGAGUACGGAGGAGCAGAGAUCCAGCUGCUCGAUUUACCUGGUAUCAUCGAGGGUGCCGCCGAGGGCAAGGGUAGAGGACGGCAGGUCAUCUCGGCGGCCAAGACGAGCGAUCUGAUUCUCAUGGUGCUGGACGCGACAAAGAAGGCCGAGCAGAGGGCGCUGCUCGAGGCGGAACUGGAGGCCGUGGGCAUCCGGCUGAAUCGGGACCCGCCGAAUAUCUAUCUCAAGCCCAAGAAGGCCGGCGGUAUGAAGAUCAACUUCCAGAACCCUCCGAAGUAUCUGGACGACAAGAUGGUGUACAACAUCCUUCGCGACUACAAGAUGCUCAACUGCGAGGUUCUGGUGCGCGAUGACGAGGCGACGGUGGACGACCUCAUUGACGUGAUCAUGAAGGAUCAUCGCAAAUACAUCAAGUGUCUUUACGUGUACAACAAGAUCGACAGCGUGUCGCUCGACUUCCUCGACAGACUGGCGCGGGAACCUCACACUGUUGUCAUGAGCUGUGAGCUGGACCUGGGCGUCCAGGAUGUCAUUGACCGGUGCUGGAAGGAGCUGCAGCUGGUCCGCAUCUACACCAAGCGGAAAGGUAUCGACCCUGAUUUCAGCGAGGCCUUGAUUGUCAAGAGGGAUGCCACUAUCGAGGAUGUGUGCGAUCGCAUCCACAGAACCCUGAAGGACACAUAUAAAUAUGCUCUAGUAUGGGGAGCGUCGGCAAGACAUAUACCUCAACGUGUUGGUUUGGGGCAUUUAGUGGCAGAUGAGGAUGUUGUUUACAUCGUCAGCUCCUUCAAGGCGUAGAAGCGUCACCAAAAUGAAGAGUUAACAAAAUCAAGCUACGGUAUGAAA